AUGUCGAACUUUUUUCGCGACAAUGCCCACGGUUUCAAACCGCGGUCGAAUAUAUUCACGAAAUUGCGAAAUAAGGAUUCAGAUCAAGACAGCGACCUCAGCUCCGACAAUACCAUGUCGGUGCACGAUUGGGGCGCAGUGGGUGAAAAACGGUCUAGGCUGGACCCGCAUGAUUCCCGUUUUCUCACAAAUGAAACCAGCAUCUCGCUGGUAAAAGAAAGCACGCCCAUAGCGAAACAUAGAGGCGCUCACGCUCCUCCGCGGCUUAAAUGGCAAGAAGAAGAACUGGAGAUCACCGAGGUCAGAAGUGUCGGUCAAGAUCAUCGCCCUGAAGUCAAAAACUCUGACGACUCUAACACAGCUACUACCACAAACGACGUACUUCUCGAGGCCUUCACAAACACGCAAAAAAUAUGUUCCAAUCUAAAGCAGGAGCUGCAGCGCGCGAAAGCAGAAAGCCAGCAGCAAAAUGACACCAUCAACUUCUACAAGUCCGAAUUGGGCAAGCUAGAGGGCAAAAUGGGAGGACAUAAGCAGAUGCUGAAUGCGCUGGAGACGAGGUCUUCUGAACUCGAAAGCCAAAGGAAAAUCAGAGGAGAGCAGCUCACAGCUCUACGCGGGGAGUACGAUGCCCUUAAGGAGCGAGUCCGUAUUCACAUUAAAGACAGUGAUCUUAUUCGAAAACAGCUUGAAGAAUUCCGCCAACAACAUGACCAGUGUGACACGAACAUGUCGAGGAAAACGGAAGAAUUGGAACACCUGAAGAGAGAGCUCGCCGACACGGCCAGUGUACUUAGUGAAGAAAAACUGAGGAAUGGGGAUCUCAUGCAUGAGAUGAAAAAAAUGAGGGAGCAAUCCGCCAGUCUCAUGGAAGACGUGCUCAAAAGAAUGGAGUCGAGCAUCAAAAAAGAAUUAUCUACGCUCGAGAAGUGCGUCAAAGCAAGACCCACCAAAAGCUCGCAAUCGGUGCAGGAACUUCAACAGGUUCGCGAAGCAUUACAAUCUGCCAUAACGCUGCAGCUUAAAGAGGAAAGCAAAAACAUCAGUGAGAGAGUCCAACAUUGCCUCCGUGGUGAACUCAGCAGUCUAGAAGGGGAUCUGAAUGAACGGCUCGCAGUUAAUUUCAAAGAGUUUACGCGAGAAGUUUCGAGCCUUAGUCGGAUUGGGGAUGGCAUUACUAACUUAUCCAGCAAACUGCAGGAAAUCAAAAAUUGUGAAUCGAGUAAAAUUCCAAAAGAGUCCAUAUUCGCUCUUCAAACUUCUGUCAACGAUGUUCAGAGCUCGCUAGAUUCUAUCAAAGUUAGCCUCCAGGAUUAUAAGAGUCAGAUCGAUUUCAUCGGCAGCUAUGAACACAAAAUAGAUGGUCUGCACGAGCGCUUACAAACUGUUGCAUUACAGAAAAGUGAAGCGGUUGCAUUGUUGAAAACUAGAGACACGGAGGUCGAAGAUCUUAGCAACCAAGUACUUCACAAAAACAAUGCUAUCGUAAAGCUCAAUGAUGAAGAAAAGGAGCUCAGAGUUUUAUCAACACGCCUCGAACAAACGUUGGAGGCCAAAAAUAAGGAACUACUGAAGAUCACAGAAGAGCUUCAGAUGAGUAGGGCUGAUUGCGAAAAUAAACUCGCUGCACAAAAUGAAAUUCUAGUUUUGAUGAGGAGCCAAUGCGACCGUCUGCAAGGCGACGUUGAUGAGAUUAAUCGCAGUAAAAGUGAAGCCGAGCGAGAAAAGAUGAGCGCCAAAAACAAAGCCAAGGAAAUCAAUGAGCAAGUUCAAAAUCUCAAUGUCGAGGUCAUACAGCUAAAAGCAAAGGAGUUGGAGCUCGAUGAAGAGAACAGAAGACUGAGGAGCACAGUCGAGCAGUUUAAUCUAGAGGCUCGUGAGAACGCUGAUCAAGUUCGGGAGUACAAACGGCGUGUAGCGGUACUUGAGAACGACAACACCUCGAAAGCAAACGAUGCUCUUGAAAAUCAGGAUAAGAUCGCGCUUUUGGAGCACCAGCUCCAAAACACGCGUAAACAGGUUCAGGGCUUGAAAGACCAGCGACACAAAGUACCGCAGGUCAAAAAGAACUCGGUAGUCCAACAUCAACAGCACCAGAAACUCCGAUCUCCGGAUGUGGAACAGCCAUCGAUAUCGGAAGCGGUCACAGUGGCAGCGCCCACUCCAGCAAUGCCAACGUUUCGGCCAAAGUCAGCGGGGAAUGAUGUGUUUGACCUUUCUUCUUCGCCCAAUGACGACCUUGAGAUGACCAACCCAUCACCGGCUGCCACGAAAGCUCUCAAAUCACGCACGUCAACUCUGUUAGGUAAAGCGCUGACAUCAACAAAGAAAAAAGUGCUGUUGCUAGAGGAAUCUGAGGGCGUGGAGGUCAAACAUCGCGGCCGCAAAAAACGCAAGGUCUGA